ACACUAACUGGCGCCUGACAUCUGAAGUCUACUCGCAGGACUCGUUUUUUCCCUUCUGUGCAUGCCAAUUUACAUGAAACCUUAAAUACGUAGAAGAAAUUUACAAGCCACUCAGAAAUAGAAAACUGAUAUUCAAACUUUGAAGUAAUUCAACCUCAAACACGACUCCGAAUCCCACCUUCGAAUUUGAAUGAAGAGACCUCAUAUCUAUGCCUCGCAUAGACCUUCACGUAAUUCAGAGCCAAGAGAUUCUACUUCGAAGUUGAGUCAAAAUUUGUGUUUGACCGCCUAGGUCCUGACAUAAAAUAAAAGUUAUUUAACGAUGAGUUAGAUCAAAAAGUUGAGCAUUUUUCGUAGAGAGAUUAAUACUCGUAAAAUAAAAAACAGAAAAAUGCAUCUUGCUUCCUUCAUACACCACAGAACGAAUAUCUACUACCCUUUGCAUCCUAAUUAAGCUCUCAGACAACACCUCGUGCUAGGUAAAUGAAUGAAUGAAUGAUUAAUACAUUACGGGUAGCUUGUUUUACCGUAAUCCAUCGUUUUCGUGUUCGGGACGAUCACUAAUUCUUGUCCAUUAUUUAAUAGUAAAUUGUAUGCGUCUUACUCCUGCUGCUUCCUCAAAAACUAAUCCUGGUCUUUUUUUCCCACCCGUCCUUCCACAUUUUUUUCGUGUGAAUGUGCCAAUCUUCUAUGAUGAUUGUGCAUCAAAAUGUCUUUGAAUCCUGACUCCUCUCGACCGCAGCAGCACUUCCACGUUCAGCCUGUAGUUCCUAGUACAGGAGGAGGAGGUGCAAUUCCUAGUGCUGGAGGAGGUGUGGUCUAUCGAGAUGGGAGAGGUACGGACGGGCAACAGCAGCCAAGAGGACCGCAGCAUCCAUCUAUUAUCUCGCAGCCUGCUUUUCAACAAAAUAUAAAUCAUGUACACCAUGUACAUAGUGGCGCUUUGACAAGCGGUCACCAACCUCAGCAACAUGGCGUUGGAGUCCGUGGUGGUGGACUUCAACAGGCGAAGCCAGUGGCGUCAGAGGUGAGAGCGGCCGCUGGGCAGCACCACGGUCUACCGCCUGCACAAGUAAUAAGGAUGGGAAAUGGGCAAACAAGUGGGAUCCCGCAAGAUCAUGCUGGAGGAAAGCACCAUGUUGUGCAAACGAUCAAUAUGGGAAUGGGUGUACCUCCUCAAGGUCAAGGAGGUGGCUUUGAUAAAGGAGGUUUUCAUGGCCGAGGGAGCACCACGUGGGAUCACAGAUCCUUCGCAGCGAAAAUGCGGGACAAGGGAUUAGGUUGGAAAGAAAAGAAGGAUCUGCGAGCAGCGGUUGCGAAAAAUAACCGCUACGGAGUAUUACCGCAGUAUCCAGGUUUUUAUCAAUUCCACCGAAACAAUAUCUCAAGUCCUGAGAGAGGACAACUAGCUUCGCCAUCAAUACCUGUGACGGUACGCAUUAACUUCGAAAGCCUGAAACAGAGAUGGGACGUCAUUCGUGCUGCGCAGGGCGUGGUCAGAGCGAGAAAAGCGCGAAUAGUUUUUCGCAAUGCGACCACAGAGGAGGCUUGCCGCAUAUACUGCAAGUCCAGUCCAUCUUCUGCAUCGUCAUCCGGUCGAGGAUCGUCCAGCUCUCCCGCCUCCCUUCGCGUGGCAGCAUUGAACUUUGCGAAUGGCUUUCACCCUGGAGGCGGGUACCUAAAAGGCGCAAAAGCCCAAGAAGAGGAUCUCUGUCGGCAGUUUCCAGCGUAUUUCAGCAGUUUAAGCGAGGCUUCGAAGACUUCGGGUCCCGCGAUCUACCCAUUUGGUCCCGGAGUCCAAAACUUAUGAGCGGGUAGUUUGUUGUGGUUGUCUACUUUCAGGUCCUGGCUCUACUCGAGCCUCUAUCGUCCCGGACAACGCGGCCUGGCCGCAGAGCCGCGGACCCUAAACUUUGAACCUCGUGCGUAGCGUUUCGUCAGUAGUGAAUUCUUCAGAAUGUGAGAGAUAUCGUCAUUGUCUCUUUUGUUACUGCACAUUGAGGCGUGAUUUUGGUCAGCGUGAUACAACUGGUAGAGUCGAUUGAGUGAAGACACUUUCAUCAGUUUUCAAUCACUCAAUUCAAAUUCGGUCACAUUGUAGUCGUUUCCUGUAUCUCCUUUCAUACAUGCGUAGUGGUGAGUGCACGGCUUAUUCGGAUCUUGUUUUCACGCCAGAAGUUGUUUGUCAGCGCUCAGGGGAACUCGACGGGUAUCGCAUUUUGGAGCCGAGUGAGCAGUACGCCCCCGCCUUCAUUGGCGCAGCAGCGCCAGCCGUCCGAUAUGGGGAAAAGUGGGAUACUGACAGACUCCGUGACGCCAUCACGAACAUUGUCGUCGCGCCGCAAUACUACUAUUAUGCUCAUCCAUGCACUAGCAGUAAGUAUGUUCGAGAAGAAUGCUAGCUAUUUUAUUGUGCUUGGAUUUUGUUUUUGUUGAUCAAGAAGUGCAGAAAUGUAGUUAUCACAGGUCGAGUCAGUGCACACUUAAAUAAGUAAGAAAGUAGCAGAAAUGAAUCGAUGUACUAGCCUGCUCUAAGGCGACGUCGUCGAGGAACAAGAGAAGACCCAGCGACCCUUCGAUGUGCUAGUUCUUGGAGCGUGGGGCUGUGGCGCUUUCGGCUGUGAUCCGGAGAAAGUAUGUUCGCUCUUUAUCGAGAUACUGCAACGCUACGGUGGUGGGGAUUUUCUUCAUCUCUAUGAUGAAAUUUGUUUUGCAGUACCGAACUUUACUGGGGGAGGCAAGCCAGGGGAGGUCGACAGAAAUUACCUCACCUAUUACAACAUGCUGGCGGAAGCGUUCAAAGAUGACGGGAUACGCAUGAUAGAGUGAAGAUGGGUGAGAAGCAAGUGCUUGAUGCUACUCCUUUCGAGCAAGAUUGAUUGUGGUUGCUGCUGCUGCAUUUUUUGAACAAUUAAAGCUGGGUGCAAAAUCUCCAACCAGCUAGUCUGCAUCUUCUGGCUAGGAGCACAUUGAAUUCUCGUUCUUCUUUAAUACCAAUUUUGCUGCGGGUAUCCCCUGUGCCUCAGAAAGCGACUUAAGUUGAUGGAG